AUGGCAGAGCUGAAGGAGCCUGGCCACAACAACCUCUGGCCCAAUUACGGAGGGCAGAUGCAGAUGCCUGCAGGUCGAUUCGCCCACGGCUUGGACCCGGGCGUCCCCAACAACUCGGCCGCAGCGCAGCAUCUCGGGCGUCCAAGGAGCAGUCAGCCCAGCAUGGAUCACCAUGCGUAUCCCUACGGCCGAUACCCUCAGGAGGAAGCAGACGCGUACGAGAGGCAGACUCACCCAUCCUUAGCAACGCACCACAGCUUCCCCAAUCUGAAGAGGCCGUACUCGCAAACUGAACAGCCACCGUACACCGAGAUUGUCCAGGAUCUCAGGGAUGACGGGUCCAAGCUGGGUGUCAAUCAUGACCACAAGUUGCUUUCGUUCAGAAGGGUGCAGGACAAGCACACGAUCUUGGACCAGCAUGGCCGCAUCCAGCAACUCGAACUGUCGGCGCAGUUGCACGGCAUGUUCUUCCUCUCCGAAAUGCCCUCGAACGCCAACGAUGGAUCCAUCCUCCAGCCAGAGUUGACCUGCUAUCGACGAAACCUCUUCCAGAUCAGCGGCUCGUUGAUCACACCGCGCGGCCAGCUGUCGGUGAUCACCGAGGCAGGAGAAACGGUUCCAGUCAACAACACCGAGGUGACCAUCUCGGCGAUAGAGUCGGUGGAUGGGCACCCAGUCCGCCUGAUAGUCAUCCCAUGGAAGACGCCACCUCCAAACUCUCCCGAAAUCAAUCAAGGGCCGGACCAGGAGCCCCCGUCCUUACCUUUGAUUCCUUUUCAAGAUGAUGGAACGGACAGCGAGGGAGAAGCGACGGCGAACAAUGGGCGGCGGAAAGAACUCCAGCAGCAUUUUGUGCUCCAUCUCAAGGUCGUGGGAACGCUGGCAAAUGGGACAAAGAUCGUCCUUACCGAGGCAACCACUGCCCCCAUUGUCGUCAGGGGACGCAGUCCGAGGAACUUCCAGGCAAGGAAGGAGAUUCCACUCUUGGGCUCAAGCGCUGGAUCCAGAGGGCAGGCGCUAGUUGAAACUGGGCUCGGAAUCGUUGCUGGACCUUUGGCGAUCAAGCCACACGACAAGGCAAGGGCAUUGAACAUGGAAGUACCCAGGUCAGCCUUCACCUUCACAUCUGGGCCUAAACUGCCGACAAGCCCCAUCGCGAUGAGAUCAAACAGCUCGUACCCGACGACGUGGAACCCAUCGCAGAUUCCGGCUCCAGCCUCUGGAACUGGCACUUACCCAGCAACGACUAUACCGGCCGAUCCGUACCAGAAGAUGCCGUUGUCCGGGGCGCAGACAUUUAGUUCGGAGCCCCAGGACCUGUCUCUCCAGACAUCCAUGCCCUCGAUGCAACUGUCUCUCGCGACCAACGACCAGCAGUCGGCGCCGAUUCGGACACAGUACACCUACAUCCAUGGAACUUCAGCGCCUUCGCAAGUAUCCGUCCCCACAACGUCGGACAACAACUUGAGCGUUCCGCGGUACGUCGACAACAAUCCGCGGCCGUCCAAAAGCCCGCGGCAUGCGAGCCACCAGUCCAUUCACAGCAGUAGCUCGAUUGCCAACAAUGAUGGACCUGGAGAGUACCGAUACGGCCCUCCGUACGGCGGGGUAGGCAGCAACUCUACCGAGAUCAGUCCUCAGCAGUCGCAGCCCCCCUCGUACGGAGGCGCUGCAUCCGAAGGCAACAUGUCGAACCCGACUUCGGCGACCGGACCUGCCCCUCCGCCGAGGGACUAUUAUCCAUCUCCCAACUCGUGGACGACGACAGCGGGCGAGGCCAACACCUCGACAUAUGCCAACGGCGAGCACAGGCCGUACGCCUUCCACGAUCAGUACAAAUCGAGCAGCGGGCCAAAGGGGGAGCAUCAAUCUCCGCCCCAGCCUUAUCCUGCUCAGAGAGGAGGAUUUGACGCCAUGAACCACUACUCGUGGAGUACGAACUAG